CGGCUCCGGGGAAAAAAAAAAAGCAGUCAUUUUAUUGUGGGUUUUAGUUUUUUUGUGGUGUUUUUUUUGGUGUUUUUUUUUUUGGGGGGGGCGUUUGACUCGCGGCGGCCGGCGUGCCGGUGCGGGUGCGGGCAGCAUGGGGCUGCCGGCGCUGGAGUUCAGCGAGUGCUGCCUGGACAGCCCCCAGUUCCGGGAACGGCUCCGCUCCCACGAGGCCGAGCUGGAGAAGACCAACAAGUUCAUUAAGGAGCUGAUCAAGGACGGGAAGUCGCUCGUCGCCGCCCUCAAGAACCUGUCGGCGGCCAAGCGCAAGUUCGCGGAUUCCCUCAACGAGUUUAAAUUCCGCUGCAUCGGAGACGCUGAAACGGAUGAUGAGAUCUGCAUAGCCAAGUCUCUGCAGGAGUUUGCCACCGUGCUGAGGAACCUGGAGGACGAGCGGAUGCGCAUGAUCGAGAACGCCAGCGAGGUGCUGAUCACGCCGCUGGAGAAGUUCCGCAAGGAGCAGAUCGGGGCAGCCAAGGAUGCCAAAAAGAAAUACGACAAGGAGACAGAGAAGUAUUGUGGUGUCUUAGAAAAGCACUUAAACUUGUCUUCGAAGAAGAAAGAAUCCCAGCUUCAGGAGGCAGACAGCCAGGUGGACCUGGUCCGGCAGCAUUUCUACGAAGUUUCCCUGGAGUAUGUCUUCAAGGUGCAGGAGGUCCAGGAGAGGAAGAUGUUCGAGUUUGUGGAACCGUUGCUGGCCUUUCUGCAGGGCCUUUUCACUUUCUACCACCACGGCUACGAGCUCGCAAAGGACUUCAGCGAUUUCAAGACAGAGCUGACAAUCAGCAUCCAGAAUACAAGAAAUCGUUUUGAAGGAACAAGGUCAGAGGUUGAAUCUUUGAUGAAGAAGAUGAAGGAGAAUCCUCACGAACAUAAAAACAUCAGCCCUUACACGAUGGAGGGUUAUCUCUACGUGCAGGAGAAACGUCACUUUGGGACGUCCUGGGUGAAGCAUUACUGCACCUACCAGAGGGAAUCGAAGCGGAUCACGAUGGUGCCGUUUGACCAGAAGUCUGGAGGAAAAGGGGGAGAAGAUGAAGCUGUUACCCUCAAAUCCUGCACGCGGCGGAAAACUGACUCGAUUGAGAAGAGGUUUUGCUUUGAUGUGGAAGCUGUGGACCGGCCUGGUGUGAUCACCAUGCAGGCGCUCUCGGAGGAGGACCGGAGGCUGUGGAUGGAGGCGAUGGACGGCCGGGAGCCGGUCUACAACUCGAACAAGGACAACCAAAGUGAAGGCACUGCCCAGUUGGAUAACAUUGGCUUCAGCAUUAUCAAGAAGUGCAUACAUGCUGUCGAAACAAGAGGGAUCAAUGAGCAAGGGCUCUACCGAAUCGUUGGAGUCAACUCUAGAGUUCAAAAGCUGUUGAGUAUAUUAAUGGAUCCCAAAACAGCCACAGAAACAGAGACAGACAUCUGUGCAGAGUGGGAGAUAAAGACCAUUACUAGUGCACUGAAAACCUACCUAAGAAUGCUGCCAGGGCCACUCAUGAUGUACCAGUUUCAAAGGAGCUUCAUCAAAGCAGCAAAACUGGAGAAUCAAGAGUCACGGGUGUCAGAGAUCCACAGCCUCGUUCAUCGGCUCCCGGAGAAAAACAGGCAGAUGCUGCACUUGCUCAUGAACCACUUGGCAAAAGUUGCAGAUAAUCACAAGCAGAACCUGAUGACUGUUGCUAAUCUGGGUGUGGUGUUUGGGCCAACACUGCUUCGACCUCAAGAGGAAACAGUUGCUGCCAUUAUGGACAUCAAAUUUCAGAACAUUGUGAUUGAAAUUUUAAUAGAAAACCAUGAGAAGAUAUUUAACACGGUGCCAGAGACUCCGCCGUCGAACUCGCAGCUGCUGCUAUCUCGCAAGAAGAGCACGGACUCGAAGCCUCCCUCCUGCAGCGAGCGGCCCCUGACGCUCUUCCACACCGCCCAGCCCAGCGAGACACCCCUCAGAAUCCAAGCCCAACGUCACCCCUCUCACCGUCCUGGCCCAUGUUCUCCGCGCCAUCAAGCCCUAUGCCCACCUCCUCCACGUCCAGCGACUCAUCCCCCAUCAGGUCUGUUGCAGAAUUCGCUUGGCUUUUUGUUGCUUUUGCUAUUUUUCUGUUUUAAUUUGAUUGGUUUUCCCCCACUUCACUUUUUUUCCCCUUUGCAUCCUGCUCAAACACCCCCAACGCAGCAAUCUGCAGUCAGCAAGAGAGGAGCUUUCAAACGUCCCCUGCCCCGGGGGAGACCCUUUGAAUCCCCCCCAUCAGCCCCCAGCCCCUGGGGCUGGGUGUUUGCAGGUCGCACCCACAGUCCUGGGCCUGGCUGCUGGUUCCUGGGGGUUUGCUCAGCCACUUUGGCUCCUGUGGUUGCUGUCACUACAGCAGGUAAGAGGGAUGCUGCCUUCCCGGGCUUCGUAGAAUGCUGGGAUGCCUCAUUUUCUAGCCACUUCCUUUUUCUCACCUGGAAUCUAAGGACAGCAAAGAGCACAGGGUGACACAGCCCCUUGCCUCCUGUGUGCCUGUGUCUCAGGCGCUUGGGCAUCGCUGGAGUCAAUCAGUCCUGUAAGUUAUGGACAGACUGACAGACGAUUUUCAGGGGGAGCCUGGAGCAGGUCAGGUGGUGCUGUAUGUGGGACAGGAGGGUGCACAUCCCCCCUGGCUGCGAGAUGCUGCCUAGGGGUCCUGGGGCUUCUGGCCCUGGUGAUCCACUUGUGCUGCAAGCUCACCGUGGGCAGCGCUGGGGCCCUGCAUUGCAGGCACUGCGGGAUGCUCGUGCAGGGGGAGCCAGGGCAGCAUCGCUGCUGCUGGUGCAGGAACCCACCCCUGGCAGGAAUCUCUCUCCUCCAAGCCCACCCCGACACGGUGGAGCACGUUCUCAUCCUGGCAGAGCUCAGCUCCCAGCCCCUGGGCAGGCGCAGGCGCGCGGUUCCAGGCACCAGUCCCUCCUCUGAGGGAGACGUGUCAAACCUGUUUGUUCAUGACAGGCACGGGCCCAGCUCUUCCCCCACACCUGCAGCCCCACAGGUGCUGCCUGCACAGUGGCUGCCUGCUCAGCAGGGUCAUUUAUUUGUUCUGCUACACACCUGCAAGGCUGACAACGUCAUCAUAAAUACCACUGCAAUACCAUUCCUGCUCUGGGGGAGAGAGGCUCAUCAUCCCCACAACUGCACAGGGCAGAGGGUGGAACCCCCAAGGGCUUGGCUGGCCUUGUGCCACGCUUGGGGGCAGAAACCUGACGUGAGCCAUCACUGGGGUCCAGUGUUUCAGUCCCUGGAAGCCAUGUGGGGCUCUGAAGGGCACAGUGGCUGCCUGGGGAGCAGCUGUUGGGCAAAGGGGCAGCUGGGGAUGCUGGGCUGCAGAGGUCAUUUCUGGGGGGAGAAAAGCAACAACUUGAAUAAUUCAAGGUAGUAAACCCAAAAAUACGUUUUGUUUCUCAGCUGACAGUCUCCCCAAAUUGCCUCCCCAGCAGCAAGGGACUGUCUCUGGACCAGUAAGAGUGUUUGCCCAUCAAGUGUUUGGUGCUGCUUGUGUCAGGCAGCUGGAAUCUGGAGAGGAGAGACCUUCAGGGCUCUCUGCACAGCAAAACCAAAGUCAUUCACAGCUUCCCUGUUUUGUGGUUUCUGUGUGAACAGUUCUUGCCACGAAGCCAGAGCAUGUCACUUCCCUGGGCUUCCUCAAACAGAAUUCAGUUCAAAUCCUCAGAAAGAUAAAAUUUGGUGAAACUGCAGAACUGAGAAAUGGUGACACUUUGUUCCUCACCCCAGCAGCUCUUGGGGCCAUUUCCAUCUCUUUUCUUGGCUGUGCUGUGGCCGAGCAGCCUGCUGCAGUGCUGGGUGGUUGGACAGCCCAGACUCUGCACAGGUUUGGACCAUCACCAUCAGCACGGCCUGGCAGUGUUCCAGCUUUCCACCAGCCUUGCUCCAGCUCAAACCUGAGAAAGAUGGAUGAGUGGGAGGCUCUGGGUGCAGGGGACAGCCCUGCAUGCCUGCACUUUGCUGGUGAGGUCCUCAGGUCCUUCAUUUUCUCCCUGUGGCUGCUGAUGAUCUGCUCCUUUGCUGGCUCUCUGCUCUAAUUCACUCCCCUGCAGUGUGGGCACAGCAAAAUCUAAUGGUUGUUAAAUCUUUUUUAUCUUCAGGUACAGUCUCUAGAGAAGUGCAGCAAAUUCUUCAUGGACCUGCUUGUUUUUCUGUUUUGAAAUACCCUUACCCAAGUGCUAAUUCUUCCUCUCUAAAUUCUCCUUGUGGUUGCAGCUGCCCUCGGCGAGCGAUGGGCUUGGCAGCGAGCGGGGCGGCUCCGUGCUGGCCCCCCAGCCAGUUGUGGCCCAUCAGAGACUCACAAAACAUUCCCAGCUCUCUGUUGUCCUCCCAUCCAGUGCCUGGAGCUCUCCCAGGGACCCCAGGCACGAGCUUUGGUCCUGGUGCUGCUGGCUGGUCUUGAACUGGGAUUUGCAUCGGUGAAAACUGGGGGCUCAUCCCCAAGAGCCUUCAGCCUCUGCUGAUGUCUUCCUCACUCUUCCUGCCUUGGACCCUUGGAGAGCGGUGGAGGUCCUGAGACCCCUCUUCAACAUGCACCUCCUGUGUGGAUCCCUCUUCAGCACUGUGGGGAGGGGAGUGCUGUUGUGUGUGAGUCGAGUGGGUUUUGUGCCAAUCCAUGCUUUCUCCUUGCAGCUCGCCGCUGCGGAAGGCCCGGGCUUUGUACGCCUGUAAAGCAGAACACGACUC